CCUCGCGCAGGGGCGAGGAGGGGUUUAUAAGCGGGGAGGCCGGCGUCGGGCUGGGCUGGAGCUGGUUUGGCUGAUGAGUCCUAGCCACCGUUUCAAUGGUGCAGCUUUCACAGUCGCCGCUCCGUCACCCUUCGCCUUCAUGCCACUCUGAAGAAGAGGAAGAGAAGAGCAUGAAGCUGGCUAAGCAGCAGGUGGCUCAAGGUCCGCGAGGGGAUAAUCAGCCUCCCUUGAGCCCCCUGCAGGCGGCUUUGAAUUCUACCACCACUGCUUCCCAGGCUUAUGAAACGUACAUUGAUAAUGGGCUUAUCUGUCUAAAACACAAGAUCAGGAACAUUGAGAAAAAGAAGCUCAAAUUAGAAGACUAUAAAGAUCGUCUGAAAAGAGGGGAGUCCCUCAACCAGGACCAGUUGGAAGCGGUUGAAAAAUAUGAUGAAGUGAUACAUAACUUGGAGUUUGCUAAAGAACUUCAGAAGACAUUUUCUGGGCUUAGUCAAGAUCUGCUGAAAAUGCAGAAGAAAGCACAGAGAAGGGAGACCCUAUUGAAGCUUGAGGCAGAAAAAAAGAAGCUCCGCACCAUACUGCAGGUCCAGUAUGUGCUGCAGAAUUUCACUCAGGAGCAUGUGCAGAAAGACUUCAGAAGUGGCCUAAAUGGAGCAAUGUUCCUGCCUUCUAAAGACCUAGACUACCUCAUCAAGUUUGCAAAAUUGACAUGUUCAGGAAGGAAUGAGAUGGUUAGUAUUGAAGACCAGAUGGCACAAUCAUCACUCUACUUUUGGGAUCUGCUAGAAGGCAGUGAAAAAGCAGUGGCUGGGACAACUUAUAAGUACUUGAAGGAGUUAUUGUCUAAAUUAUUAAAUUCUGGUUAUUUUGAAAACAUUCCUGCACCUUGCAACAUACCAGAAAAAGAGGAACUGAAAGAAGAAAUACUUAGAAAAUCUGACAUGAAAUUAGAAGAGAACAAAACACCUGAAAAAACAAUACAACUCUCAAAAUUGGAACCUGUCAGUGGACCAGAAGCUCAGAUGGAUCACAUUCAGUCUGAGAUAAAGCCGCAAGAGUUUCUUAAUAGGCGAUAUUUGCCUGAAGUUGAUUAUACUAUCAAGCCUGAAGAAUCCAGAUUUUGGGAAAUAGAACACAGUAAAAAGAACGAACUUCCAAAGUCUUGGGAGAUGCUUGUUGACAUGGAGGAACAGAAGAAGCAGAAGCAAGACUCCUUAAAACCUUUGGACUCUGCCAGGCAGCAGGGGGAAAAAACAGAACUUUCAAGGCCUUGGGAAGCUCCAGGGAAAUUAGAUGAUAACAAGGAAAUUUCAAAGCCUUGGGUUGCACAGGUGGGGGACCAGCAGAACUCUUCCAAACCCUGGAUAACUACAGUUAAAGAACAGCAGGAACAAAAGCAAGAUAGCACGAAAGCUUGGAUGUCGAAAGCUAAGGCAGAGCUGAAACAAAAGCAGGAAACAUCAAAAACAUGGAUUGCCCAGGCCAGGGUGGAAACUGUACAUAAACCUGAACCUGCAAAACCAUGGGUUGCAUCUGUCAGAGAGGAAACAGAGCAAAAGAAACAGGAACCGGCACAACCAUGGAUGACACAUGUAGGGGAAGAAGCAGAACCAAAAGCCCAAACACCCAGGUCUUGGGAAACCUCUGAAGGACCACAACAAACAGCUCAACAUCCAUUGCAAAAUCCUCCAAAGAUCUGGGGAACUGGAAAUAUUGUGCCAAAGGAGCAGAUUGGACCAAAGAAACUUGACUUGGAGCCCAAAGAAAGACGAGAGCGCAGACUGAAGCUUGAAUCUGAUAUGAAACAUGAUGGAAAAACAGAUGGAGUAAGUGGACACCGCACUGAUGCUGUCAGGAGGAAAGAGAGUCUUUCAUCAGUUGGAGAAUCCUGUAAACUAUCUAGGAGUUUUCAGAAUAUUAUGCAGGUUACUAAACCUGUACAUCAGACAGCGGCAGAAUUUUGCUCUGUUUCUAGUCUUCCAAAGGAUCCAGUGUUAAGAAGGGAAAAACUGCAGGAUCUAAUGACUCAGAUACAGGGGACCUACAAUUUCAUGCAAGAUUCGCUUCUAGAUUUUGAUAAACCUUCACAAAGUGCCAUUUAUUCAUCCCAAGCACCUUCAGUUGAUUCUACAGUUUCUAAUGAGAAACUUUCAAGCCAAAAUAAUUUUCCUGAAGAGCCAGUACAGACAACUGUUUCAAACUCUCAAGAACCUGAGAUGUUUAAUUCAUCCUCAUCUUUGUAUCAGGCAAGCCAGGGGAUUUCGGAGUCAUUAGUGCCUCCAAAGAGCGAAAUUGGUCAGGCUACUACUACUGCUGUUUCAAGUGAAUCAGAGAUACCAUUGGCACCUUCAAGGACUACCAUAUCACCAGUAUCCCAAGGGAAAGCCUUCCAGUCUCCUCCAUCAAGCAGCAGCACGAUUAACCUAAAAGCACCUCCUUUUCAGGCCAUGCAGACUGUGUUCAAAGUGAAUGCGCCUUUGCCCCCUCGUAGGGAGCAGGAUAUCAAAGAAAAUUCUCUGCACCCUACAGGAUAUAAUCCAAACGUUUCUACAGCAAGUACACAGACUCCUCCCCAGAAUAAACUACAGCUUGCUCAGAACGCUGAACAAACUGCUUUUCCUCAAGAGUCUCUGCCAAACGCAGGUAAUUACCAGGUUGAGGGAGCUGUUCCUGUAAGCAAUGGUAGUCUCACAUUUUAUGCAGCACAGACAGCCACUUUCCCUAGACCACCUCAGCCUUUUGUUACAAACCGUGGUGGAUCCGCCAGAGGUUCCCUCAGAGGUGGAAGAUCAAUGGCCAGUUCUUAUCGCUCUCCUGGUGGCUAUAAAGCAGGUUUUGAGGCAUAUAGGGGACCACCUUCUGCCCCUAAUGGUCCCUACAACCAGUUGCAGCUUCCUGGCAGAGAUUAUCCUCCCGUACAGUAUCCUCAGAGGGAUGUGAAUUAUCAGCAGAACUAUAAACGAGGAGGUGUUAGCAGUGCUCGUGCAAAUUCAAGAGCCGGCUGGAGUGAUUCUUCUCAGGUGAGCAGCCCAGAGCGUGACAGUGAGGCCUUUAACAGUGGGGAUUCUGGGCAGGGUGACUCCCGCAGCAUUACUCCCGUUGACAUGCCAGUGGCAGGCCAAGCAGCCACCAUCCUUCCUGUGCACGUCUAUCCCCUCCCGCAGCAGAUGAGAGUUGCCUUCUCUGCUGCUAGAACUUCUAACUUGGCUCCUGGGACUCUAGACCAGCCCAUCGUGUUUGACCUCCUGUUAAACAACCUUGGCGACACCUUUGAUAUCCAACUUGGUAGGUUUAAUUGUCCUGUCAAUGGCACCUAUGUGUUCAUAUUCCAUAUGUUGAAGCUGGCUGUGAAUGUUCCGCUAUAUGUGAACCUCAUGAAAAACGAAGAGGUUCUAGUAUCUGCAUACGCCAAUGAUGGUGCUCCGGAUCAUGAGACUGCUAGUAAUCAUGCAGUCCUGCAGCUUUUUCAAGGAGACCAGAUUUGGCUGCGUCUCCAUAGAGGAGCGAUUUAUGGAAGUAGUUGGAAAUAUUCUACAUUCUCAGGAUACCUCCUGUAUCAAGACUGAACAUUAUGUUUACAAUAAAGCUGCUCCAAACAGUUUGGUGAAGGAAGGUGAAAACUAGGGGAAAUAGUUUGCACUGCAUACUGACUGCUUAUAACACAACUCUGAAAUGUGGGUAUAGGGAUCUGUCUUGCAAUGAGAUGGAGUUGGGUCAGCACUGAUGUGGCACUUUAUCAGUUGUGAUGUAGCCUUGAUGGUAAAGCUGUGAAUGUUUGCUUGCACUUAUUCUUGAACUGUAGUUAUCAUCUUAGUAAACUACUCAAAUUUGCCUCCAGUCUAGGCUAUCCACAAUGCCUUGUGCCUAAAAUAAUAAAAAAUUAAUAUGCCUUA